AACACGUUUUGAAACUUUCGUGUAGUAUUAGUCUAUUACGGAAUGCGUUUCUGUUAAACAGUUAUUGUUAAAUAUCCUUAGUAGCCUUAUAUAUAAAUAUGUUGCACAUGUUGUAUUAUGAGUUUUCGUAUUUGUUACAUCAUGUGUCUCCAGUGGGAGUCAAGCUGCUUGUGUCGUGGUAGGAAGCGAAAGACGGACGUGGAUGCAGAAGCAGCUGCAGUGGAGGAGAAGAAAGAAAAGCUUGAUGGAGUUGACAAAAAAGAUGAAGAAACGGGACAAAGGGUCGUUAUUGAGCAUUGCAAGAGCUGACGGGUCUACGGGCGGAAUGCUGAAGGUGUGCGUGAGGCACUUGCGGCUUCGCACCCUGAAUUUCGUGUGGUGCUCAAUCCUCAGAAACCUCGGCGGAACAGCUUUGAGAUCACACUGAUGGAGGGAGACAAAGAGGUUGUUUUGUGGUCUGGCAUUAAGAAGGGUCCUCCACGCAAACUAAAGUUUCCUGAUCCCGCUGAAGUGGUUUCUGCUCUGAAGGAAGCGUUGAAGAGCUAGUGGAGGUUAUAAGGAGACAGUCAGUCAUCUUUGUUCCUGGACACUGGAUGCAUAAUGAUGUUAAUGGACUAAUGGGAGAAUCUCCCCGUCUGUUUUCUGAUGAUCGGCUCCGUUGUUCCGGACUGGAUAAUUGACCUUGCCUUGUUUCUUCUGUUAAACUCUCAAAGUCUUUCUUGUUCAUGUUCUUUUCUGACAUGACUAUUUUUACAUUGCUAGUAUCUGUCUCUGUACUCACUGUUAAUGUUUGGUAAAUCACUUUUUUUUACUGUUUAUGUGCAUUAUUAUAAUGCUAAUUCUUGGUCAAAAAUAAAGUGUAGACUCUA